AUGAAAGAAAGCUGCUCGCGCCGCGGCUCGCCUGGCGGAGAUGAGCGGGGAUGUGAUUGCGCCGCGACGACUCGCAACUUCCGCCUGUAAGCCUCUCUCUCUGGUGUCGCCGGCACCGGCUCCUCGGCGGAUCUCCCGAGCCCCGGCCGCCGUCGCCGUCGCGACGAUGUCGGAGAGGAAGGCCCCCGAGAAGGUCUCCGAGAUUGACGAGCACAUCAGCAAACAGUACGACGUCGUGCGACGCCUCGGCAAAGGGGCCUACGGCAUAGUAUGGAAGGCGAUCGAGAAGAAGAAACAGGACACGGUCGCGGUGAAGAUCUUCGACGCUUUCCGAAAUCAGACGGACGCGAGAUCAUGUUCCUGCUGUCGUUCGUCAAUUACGAGAACAUCAUCCGGCUGAUCGGGCUGCACAGGGCGAACAACGACCGGGACAUUUAUCUGGUUUUCGUAUACAUGGAAACGGAUCUACACAAUGUCAUCAAGCGCGGCAAUAUCCUCAAGGACAUCCACAAGAUUUUCAUCAUGCACCAACUUUUUAAGGCGAUCAAGUACAUACACUCGGGCAACGUUAUUCACAGGGACUUGAAACCGUCCAACGUGCUCCUGAAUGCACAAUGCCACUGCAAAAUCGCGGACUUCGGGCUGGCACGUUCGGUUACGCAGAUCGGUGAGGGCGACGGUGUAGACUGGAAGCGAUCCAACCUUGACGGACUAUGUCGCCACUCGGUGGGUACCGCGCGCCGGAGAUCCUCAUCAUAGCUUCAAAGAGGUACACGUUUAUUUGGCUUGCGCGUUUCCUUUCGCGCGCUCUCGCGUUUCCUGCUCUGUUUAUUUUUUUCCGAUGAUCUUUAUGAUCUUUCCGCGUGCGCGGACGCUUUUCGAAUAAGAGGAGAGGGAGAAAGUUCGCAAACACCAUCGUGAAGUUCUCACUUUAGAACGUUGUCUCUGUGGGUAGUGAAAAAAGUAAAAGAGUUCAUUUUCUUUGCGAACGCUAACUUUCGGAAACAUUUUCCGAGCUUGGCGUUUGUUAGUUUUCUUUUUUUCAUUCGCGAUCGUCGCAAAAUCUCGACGCUGGCGCAUCGAGUGGAUGAACUGGAUGAUUGCAAGCUUAAGGCGAUUGUGGAUGUACACCUGAACUAUUUGACAGACACGUGGACGGGGGCGACCGCGGCUAAGCGGCACGAGCUCGUGAAGAUCUCAACUUCCAGCUUGUUGCUCGCAAUCUUGACGCAGUUUGAGCCAAACGUGGGCACGGUAGCGUAAACCCUUCGGAGUUACCGGAAGUUUCCAACUAAGAAGUUAAUCUUGCUAUGUAAUUCGCAAGACUGCCGAGGAUAAUAAGACGAUGCAUAAUUGAGUUGAGUCGGGAGUAUUUGCACAGAGAGAGGGGGAGAGAGAGAGAGGAAGAAAGAGAGAGAGAGAGAGAGAGUGAGAGUGUGUGUAACCCGCAUCAUUUAGAAACAAUCACGUCGACCAAAAUGAACUCCGUUUGUGAAAACUGCGGCGUAACACUACAGUUAUUAAAUUAAUCUCGGAACGAUCCGUCACAGAGGAAAAACGGAUUGGUUUCAUUUAGUUGAAUUAUAAUUUGCUGGAUAAAAUUAAAUGUUAUAACUAAGCGAAUUUAUAGCUCGUACCGCAAAGAAAUUAUGUAUGGAAGUAAUUGCCCAAUUUGCUUACAGAACAAACCCAUUUUUACAGAUAUA